GAGGGUCACUCCCAUUUCAUGUGUUCCAUCUCCAAACACUAAGUGAUACCCCAGUGGUGCCAGUAUGUGGGAAACAUGGGUGAGGGGGUCAGACCAGUGCCCAGACAAUUGUGCUGCAGCGGGAGAAUGCACAGUAAGAAGAGGGGCCCAAAAGCUGCAGCUGGAAAGUGGCAGACGCCCCACCCUGGGCCCAAGUCGAGAGCCGUUGCUGGGAAACCUGGGGAGAACCAUCCACCGCAGAGGAAAGCGGGCCAGCAGGCGAGGCAGCCUGAGCCUGCCGAGAGCCCCGAGGCCCCCACAGGGCCGGCCGCGGAGGACCGAGCGGCCAGGGCGAUCCAGGGCGCCUUCCGGCAGCUCCGGGCCAGGAGGGAGCUCGCCCGCCGCCGGGAGGAGCGCCGGGAGUACCUGGAGCAGAUGGAGAAGCUGCAGAGGGAGGCCUAUCUGGCCCUGGUGCGCCGGGAGCAGGAGGCCGCGCGGCGGCGGCGCGAGCAGGAGGAGGCGGCGCAGCGGGAGCGGCGGGAGGAGCUGCAGCGCCGCCGCCGCCUGCUGGAUGCCGCCUUCGACGGGGACGUGAGCGAGAUCCGGGCGGUGCUGAAGGAGCGUGACUUGCGUCUCGGUUGA